AUGGCAUCAAGUCUUUUUUCGGGUGUUUUAGGAUCGAUGCUUGGAGGCGGAUCCGCGGUUUCUAACGUUGAUGUUUUCGUGUUAUUCAAAGGACCUCAGCUCAGUGUCUACGUUCCAAGUGUGACAGUCAGCCAUUGGCAAAUAGUUUGUCAUUUCAAAGAUACAGACGAAUAUAGGUGUUACGAAAUGAUAAUCGACAGAAAUGACCGUGUUUCUUACGACAUCACAGAUUUCAGUUAUCGCGGUCCUAUCUUCUAUUGUUAUCUUGGGGAAUGCGGUUUAAGCAAAGAAGAGAUCAAAACGAAGGCGCAGAAGGUACCUCUGAACGGUGAAAAAUACAGUGUAGGCAGUGAUGAUUGUCAAAAAUGGGUGAUGCAAUUUCUCAACAAGUUAGACCUUAUUUUGAAAGGUGACGGACGGGCAUUCAUGACGUUUGCUGCUCAUCGAUUGACAACUGCUUUUACCCCAAAUCCAAAAACUUGCAUCGGCUAUAAAACGCUGUUCAAAUACUAA